AUGACGGACGCUAGCGCACGCGAAUUCCUGUCCGAGUACGUCGUCUACCGCUUCGAAAAGGUCCUGGAUCCCAUGGAGACCGACAUUGAAGGGUUCCCAACGAAGCCAACUUGGGAAAACGUCAGGCGGGUUGAGGUUCGUGACCUGUCCCGGAAAGACAUCAUCAGGAACAUCCGGGAACUCAACGAGGAAGGUCAAACUGCCCUGCAGAAGAAGAUGGACCUCACACCAAACCAGCAGCUGCAGAUCGAAAAGGCACAGAACGCGCUGGAGAAACGCAACACCGACAAGCGCUAUCGCUAUACCCUGCAACAGAUUAGCUCCAAGAUGAAGAAGCUCCACAAGGACUCUUACCAAUAUCAACAAUAUAUGGCGGACAGAGAAGCGAAGAAAGUUGUUGUUGCAAGAGGGAAGUCAGCGUUGUCCAAGUCAAAGAAGAACUUGUUCGAGACGAUCGCCGUGACGGUAUAUUUCAGAAAGGAACCUCGCUUCGAGGAAGAUGCCUUGGCAAUGUAUCGCAGCAAGAAGGAGGAAGAGAUCUUGAUUAAGCAAAGAGAGUCUGAGGCACGAAACCUCCACUUUCAACGACAAAUGCAGCAGGAUCGCCACCAUGCUGAAUUUAUCAUGCACCAGCAACAUCAGGCUCAGCAAGAAAGACUGCGACCACCGCCUCAGCAACUGCCGCCGCUGCCUCCAAUACACAAACUGCCGCCACCUCCAAAAGGCACAGCGGCUCCUAUAGUCAAGGUUGUGGAAAAGGACCACGGGAAAGGAGGGAAAUCCGCAGCCGAAGUCGUCGUCGCGGUCGUCCAGAGGAAUACGGGCUGA